GUCUCUCAGGCAGCUGCAGAACUCCAGCAGUACUGUAUGCAAAACGCCUGCAAGGACGCCUUGCUUGUUGGGGUUCCUGCAGGGAGCAAUCCCUUUCGAGAACCCCGAUCCUGUGCUCUCCUCUGA